AUGCAAGUACUCUUUGAGGAUGCUCUCGUAAAAUAUCCCAACUCAACCGCUGGAGCAAUCAAUCACAUAGUGACAUCUCUUCGCGAUACGCAUGGUUCCAAGCACAUCACUGUCAGCCCCUUUCCAGAUGAAAUUUCUAUGCAGUCAGGUGUUUCACCAUAUGCCGACGAGUGGUUGUUCAACAAUGCAGGAGGUGCCAUGGGCUCGAUGUACCUGAUUCAUGCGUCCAUUACUGAGUACCUCAUCAUAUUUGGCUCAAGUGUCGGCACCGAAGGCCAUACCGGGCGACAUACUGCCGAUGAUUACUUUCACAUUCUCGAAGGAGCACAGUGGGCAGCGGCAGCUCACUCAUUAGUAAUGGAGGAAUACCCUAAGGGUUCAGUCCACCAUUUGCGUCGUGGACAGGUCAAACAAUACAAAAUGCACAAGGGGUGCUGGGCCUUGGAACUCGCUCAGGGGUUCAUUCCUGGGAUGCUUCCAUUCGGUUUCGCAGACACCUUUUUCAGCACUUUGGACGUGCACACACUGUGGAGGACGGUGUAUAUUACUGGCAGGGAAAUGAUCAGGAAUCUACUCGCUGGAAAGAUAUGA